CGACAAGCCCCAAAAAAGGCGCAGAAGAAGCGUGUAAGCUUUUGGAGGGUUUAAAUGGUUGAAUGUUAGUUUUUGGUUUGAAAGAUGCAUAAUUAAUAUUUCGAUAAAAAUAUUAAAGCAGUAUUGUUUAUUGAUGAUUUUAUUGCGACUUGUUACACUCCCGCAGUGAAUGUUGUGAACUGCUGUUAUUGAAAUUUGCAGAACAUGUGCUAGUAAACUACACGACUGAAGGCUGUUUAGCAGCACUAAUAUAUACUUUCAGAGGGGAAAGAACUCGAGAGUCUGCAAGAUUCACCCAACUAACGCAUGUAAACAUCUGAAAAUCACAAAAUGCCUAACCUUUGUGUAGCAUAUGGCUGUGGAAAGUCAUACCGGGACAAUGUUAGUAUGUUCAGAUUUCCCAAAGAUCGUGGUGAGUUUCUAAAAUGGGAAAAGCAGGUACAAAGAACUCGCCACAAAUGGGUCGCCAAGACCUUCUCUUUCUUGUGCUCUGAACACUUUAGCAAGGACUGUUUUGAGCCCAGACCCACCACGUUAACCAAGAACAUGGGUGCUAAAGGGCUCAAGCUGAAGGAGGGUGCCAUUCCAACUAUUUUUAUCCGACCACCUUGCACUAAAUGUGGAGGUCAUGGCACCACUUGCACAGCAUGCAGUCCGAAGGGGAAAAAGCAAAGUGUGAGCACAGAGUAUCAGAAGCAGGACUCGGAAGGUUGGCCCACUCUUAAUGCAGACUUGGGUGCUGCAGAAAAACAGAAGGAAACAAAGGAUGAAGAGCACAUUGAACAGCUUCUGUCUGAUGAAGAUGGGCAUAUUAGUCCCACAUUUGCUCCACUCUCUCCUGUGGAAUAUGCUGAUGAACCAGUGGUUUGUGAGAUGUGUGGCAUUUCUGGAACCCGGGGCAGUUUUUACUCCAGAUCCAAGCGCUUCUGCAGUCCAUCCUGCUCCCGUUCCUUCUCCUCCAACUCGAAAAAAUCCUCUAUAAUGGCACGGUUACAGGGAAGGCCUCUUCGGAAAGCUCCUGCACUACAGACCAAUGCUUCCCCUCAUGCAGAAGUUACUGAACGUCAUCAUGGCAGCACCACUAUUAGGAAAGAUGCCUCUUCUGGUUUCAAUUGGGGAUGCUACCUUGAGAAACACGGCUGCCUCGCCGCCCCAGUGUCCUGCUUCAGACAUGUGCCACUCUGUGCUCAGUGGGAGGACAUUGCGGUGGGAUUGCAAGUGGAGGUCCUGAAUACUCGCACUACUUUGCUGACCAAGGUUUACUGGAUUGCCACCGUCAUUCGACUUGCUGGUUACAAGGCCCUGUUACGAUACGUGGGUUUUGAAGAUGAUGAUAGUCCUGAUUUUUGGUGUAACCUGGGUAUCGCUGAUGUCCAUCCUAUUGGCUGGUGUGCAGUGAACAGCAAACUACUCGUUCCCCCUCAGGAGAUCAACAAACAUAUAACUGGCUGGAAAUCAUACUUGAUGCAGAGACUUGUAGGAGCAUCUACAAUACCUGUGGAUUUUCAUGCUAUGAUGGCAGAGAGUAUGAAGUGUCCCUUCAGGCAGGGGGUCCGUGUAGAAGUAGUGGAUCGCUCUCUGGUUAGCCGAACCCGUACAGCAGUGGUAGAUACUGUGAUUGGGGGCCGUCUAAGGCUUAUAUAUGAAGAUGCAGGGCUUGGAGCCUCAGGGGAGGUGCUCUCAGAUUUCUGGUGUCACAUGUUGAGCCCCCUUAUACACCCCAUAAACUGGUCGGUUAGAGUGGGUCAUCUCAUUAAGGAAACAGAUAAGUCUGUUGAUAUGAGCAGUCAUCCAGCAUUCCGUAAGGUUUUGUGUGAUAGUGUGCCAAGUCAGUUCAAAAAGUUAAGGACUGUUUAUAUGGAAGGAGGGUUUUUCAAGGAAGGCAUGAAACUGGAGGCCAUUGAUCCUCUGAACCUGGGGAACAUCUGUGUAGCUUCCGUUCGAAAGGUGCUCUUCGAUGGCUAUCUCAUGGUCGGUAUUGAUGGUGUGGAGAUUGGCGAUGGCUCAGAUUGGUUUUGCUACCAUGUUGGCUCACAUGCCAUCUUACCCACAGGAUAUUGCCAAAGCAAUGACAUACCCCUCACUCUACCCCCUGGAUAUGAUCAGGCAACCUUCACAUGGGCCAAAUAUUUGGAAGAAAUGGGAGCAGAGGCUGCUCCACGCAGACUAUUUAACACAGAUGCUGUAGAGCAUGGCUUUGCCCCAGGCAUGAAGCUGGAGGCAGUGGACCUAAUGGAGCCUCGGUUGGUGUGUGUGGCCACUGUGCAGCGCUGUGUGGGUCGCCUGCUUUUGCUGCACUUUGAUGGUUGGGAGUCAGAGUUUGAUCAGUGGGUGGACUGUGAAUCCCCUGAUAUCUACCCUGUGGGCUGGUGUGAACUUGCUGGAUAUCAGCUUCAGCCCCCCAUUGGCCCAGAACCUCAGGAACGCACAAGCAAAAAAUCAGUGGGUAAAAAGAAGAGAAGAUAUGUAAAGAAAAGGACAAGUGAUGACACAUCAAAACCCUCAGUUCCUCAGCAAGAUGGACAUCUCCAGUCAGACAAUCAGCCUGUAGCUACUCAGCCCCAAGAGCUCCCAACUCUGCCCGCAGACACACCCAUGCAGCCUGUGAACAUGCCAGUCAUAACUCUAAAGACUGAGCUUGAGGAAGAGAUUAUUUCCUUUAAAGUGAAAGUGGAGGAGAUGGAGAUGGAGACCCCUAUCACCCAUGACCUUGAAGGCAAUGAAAGCACUGGAUAUAACACACCUCCACCUUCUUUACUGAAAGAAGAAAUUCCAGAGUGAAUCACUCCAGGUUCACAGAUUACAUCAAAACAGCUAUGUACUGAUGGACAAUAAAUGAACAUUGCUCUCUCUUUCAGCAUCAAAAAGCACCUCAGCUGAUACAAUCCUGAUAAAAAAAGAGCAAAUACUUGGUGGAUUCUGUUAUUUGUGUAUUAUUUCUUUUUUUUUCUUUUUCUUUUUUUUUUAACCUUCACACACUACUGAAGCUUAGUUUCUGUGUCAGUUUGUUAAUACCAAUAAAUGUACACUAAUUUCAUCCAAACAUAACUACGAUGAAUGAACAGGAAUUAAUAAGACACAUGAAAACAGAGGCUUAACUUUACAAGGAAAAACUGAUUAUACUGAAAUAAGACUAUACCAAUAUCGCUGAGUGCUAAACUGUUAACAACUUCUGAGUGUACUUUCUGAAAGACAACAUUUACUACUAGGCAACUUUUAAAGAUAUUUGUGUUUGUAUUGUUUGUUUGUAAAAUAAAGUAAAACAUUGUUAAA